AUGGCAGCGCCAGAUAAACCAAGGCGACGGUUUGCCCCCGAGCCCAUUGAGACCACCUUUGAGACGUUCCGGAGCAAGACGGGAAAGCAAAAGCAGGUUUUGAGCAGCCAAAAGAACAACCACAACGAUCAGUACCAGCCCAAGACACCGCCCUGCACCAUGGGCCCCAACCCAGAGCCCACCCCCGAGGCUUCACCUCGCUCGCCCUCACCCGUUCCCCAGGAGUUGCGCCCGAAGCGACGCUUCGCUCCUCAGUUGAUCGAGACCUCGCGCAGGAGUCGCCGGGUCGGAGACACCGGUCCUGCCACGAAACCCACCGACAAGACCGACAUCACCCCUUACACCAGGAACAUCUACACCGCUACAAAGCACCGUGGGAGGCGGCGAGGUGACGGCCGUGACGAUGAGGAGUCUCCCGUCGUCAACGGCGCCCGGCGCCGCGAGUCGGAGGAUGAGAAUGUCAUGUCGUAUCUACUAGAGCUUGCCGCCAAGGAGGCUGAACGCCAGAUGCAGGAGGCUGCCCUCGCUGCCUUUCCCAACAGCCACCAACGUGAAGGCAACGUUGACCACUUCUACUUCCGUGAGAGUUCUGGUAGCGACAACUCCCCAGAAAGUACCUCACCCGUCCACCAUGGUCACCAUGGCCAACCCAUUGGAGCUCACCACAAUGUGCGGCGGCAGUCGUCCGAUGCGAACCUGUCCUGGUGGCAUAAGCACAUGCAAGAGCACGCCGAGCAGGUCCUCCAGGAGCAGAAGCAUGACGACCCCAUGGUUCUGGACGAGCCCGAGCACAAGCCGGGCGAGAUGGCGACGCUCGCCGAAGAGCCCCACGAGGACCGCACGGCGCGCAAGCAAGGUGAGGACACGGUGAUGCGGACAGACACGGCCGACCUCGACAAGAUGGACCUGACCGCCCCUCCGGAUCCGAUGUGGACCACGUCAAACAACCAGCACGCGCCCCCCGCCGGCAGGAAGAGGUCAUCGCCCGGCGCUCCAGGCCCCAUUGGGGAGACGUACAUGCCACUGCUCCAGACAGAUUCUUAUCUGACGGCCGAGCAGACUAAUAAGGCCGCCUCCCCGGCACCUGCGCCAUCCCGGCACAUUGGUGAAUCUCCGAUGCCCUACAUCCCCUCGGCGCCGUCCGGCAGAUCUGAUGUGCCAUACGCCAAACCCUCCCAGAUCCCCCCAGACACCGGCGGCUUUCGCAACUCGGGUCGAGGCUUUGGACGCCCAUUCGGAGGCUUCGGUCACAGGUCGCCAGCUCCCCCGUUCCAGAAGAGGCGCCAGGCGGUAUCUCCACCCAUGCUGGGCAAGGAUCUCGUCUUUCGGAGGUGUCCGUCGCCCAAGCAGACCAAGCUGGAGCCAGACCACCCAUUCGCAGAGCGCCAUGCCGAGGAGAAGUACCGGGAUCUUUCGGGAGAGAAGGGUCUCUGGCGAGGAUACUGCUUCAGAUCCGAAUCGAAUGAUGCCUACUUGGUGCCAGCAGACCUGCAUGCCCCACCCAUGCUCACAACCCCCAAGCCGCCGGCUACUCCCGGCACCGCCUCGCAUAUCAGCUCUCCAAGCUUUACGGACGAGCCCGCCGCUAUCAACGGUGCUAACGGUCUAUUCAACGGCCAGACCAACGGCACCAAGGAGCACCGCACCCGGGCCGGCAACCCCAAGGGCCUCCACAUGCUCCAUGGCAUCGACGAGCGGCUUCAGCAGGAAAAGGCCCACGCCGAGCUUGAGGAGAAGAUUGCCCAGGAGUUUGACGACGGCUUCGUCACUCAAGUGUACAACUAUCUGUCACUAGGAUACCCCGCCAUGGCACGGGCCUUUGAUGAGGAGCUGUCUCGUAUCAGUCUUAUGAGCAUUGAUGAUCUCGAGAGAGAUGACGACCAACAGCUUGCCAAGGGCCACUUGGUCGAGGCCGACGACGGCACGCCCCGAGAGAAGAGAUGCCCUCGAUGGCGAGCUCUUCGAUCUUAUAUCAAGGAGUGGGCCAGACAGCACCCCAACCUCGACAGCAUGGAUCCUGUGGGGUGGGGAGUCCGGGAACGACGGGGCAGCUGGGCUGUCUGA